UGCACCUGUACUGUGACACUUGCUCGGUGCCCAUCUGUCGCGAGUGUACAAUGGGCCGGCACGGAGGCCACAGCUUCAUCUACCUCCAGGAGGCACUGCAGGACUCCCGGGCUCUCACCAUCCAGCUGCUGGCGGACGCCCAGCAGGGCCGCCAGGCGAUCCAGCUGAGCAUCGAGCAGGCCCAGACCGUGGCGGAGCAGGUGGAGAUGAAGGCCAAGGUGGUGCAGUCGGAGGUCAAAGCCGUGACGGCGAGGCACAAGAAGGCGCUGGAGGAGCGGGAGUGCGAGCUGCUGUGGAAGGUGGAGAAGAUCCGCCAGGUGAAGGUCAAGUCUCUGUACCUGCAGGUGGAGAAGCUGCGGCAGAACCUCACCAAGCUGGAGAGCACCAUCAGCGCCGUGCAGCAGGUGCUGGAGGAGGGCCGGGCGCUGGACGUGCUGCUGGCCCGAGACCGCAUGCUGGCCCAGGUGCAGGAGCUGAAGACGGUGCGCGGCCUCCUGCAGCCGCAGGAGGACGACCGGGUCAUGUUCACGCCCCCCGACCAGGCCCUGUACCUGGCCAUCAAGUCCUUCGGCUUCGUCAGCAGCGGGGCCUUCGCGCCGCUCACCAAGGCCACGGGCGACGGCCUCAAGCGGGCCCUGCAGGGCAAGGUGGCCACCUUCACCGUCAUGGGCUACGACCACGACGGGGAGCCCCGCCUCUCGGGGGGCGACCUCAUGUCGGCCGUGGUGCUGGGCCCCGACGGCAACCUGUUCGGGGCCGAGGUGAGCGACCAGCAGAACGGCACCUACCUGGUGAGCUACCGCCCCCAGCUGGAGGGGGAGCACCUGGUGUCGGUCACCCUGUGCAACCAGCACAUCGAGAACAGCCCCUUCAAGGUCGUGGUCAAGUCCGGCCGCAGCUACGUGGGCAUCGGCAUCCCGGCCCUGAGCUUCGGCAGCGAGGGCGACGGCGACGGCAAGCUGUGCCGGCCCUGGGGCGUGAGCGUGGACAAGGAGGGCUACAUUGUGGUCGCCGACCGCAGCAACAACCGCAUCCAGGUGUUCAAACCCUGCGGCGCCUUCCACCACAAGUUCGGCACGCUGGGCUCCCGGCCGGGCCAGUUCGACCGGCCGGCCGGCGUGGCCUGCGACGCCUCUCGCCGCAUCGUGGUGGCCGACAAGGACAACCACCGGGUCCAGGUGUUCACCUUCGAGGGCCAGUUCCUCCUCAAGUUUGGCGAGAAGGGGACCAAGAACGGGCAGUUCAACUACCCCUGGGACGUGGCGGUGAACGCCGAGGGCAAGAUCCUGGUGUCGGACACGCGGAACCACCGGGUCCAGCUGUUUGGGCCGGACGGCGCCUUCCUGAACAAGUACGGCUUCGAGGGUGCCCUCUGGAAGCACUUCGACUCGCCGCGGGGCGUGGCCUUCAACCACGAGGGCCACCUGGUGGUCACCGACUUCAACAACCACCGGCUCCUGGUCAUCCACCCCGACUGCCAGUCGGCGCGCUUCCUGGGCUCGGAGGGCACGGGCCACGGGCAGUUCCUGCGGCCGCAGGGCGUGGCCGUGGACCAGGAGGGGCGCAUCAUCGUGGCCGACUCCAGGAACCACCGGGUGCAGAUGUUCGAGUCCAACGGCAGCUUCCUGUGCAAGUUCGGGGCUCAGGGCAGCGGCUUCGGGCAGAUGGACCGCCCCUCCGGCAUCGCCGUCACCCCGGACGGCAUGGUGGUCGUGGUCGACUUCGGCAACAAUCGGAUCCUCAUCUUUUAAUCGCCGUUUCUCUAGGCUUUUGUGUUUGGGGGGUGUGCGUGUUUCUCUCUCUGUCUCUCUCUCUCUCUCUCUCUCUCUCUCCUUUUGAAUUUCAAAGAAGAAAACAGUC